AGACCAACUCUAAAUGCCUUUUAAUAAUGAAUGAAUUUGUGAUUUUUUUUUUUUUGGGUAUAAGGGAGCCUAGACCAAUUCUCUAUUGUUUAACAUUAACGCUCCAUUGACGAGAGUGGGGUUGUGGCCAUCUGGCAUCUGGUAAAAUCACCUCACCAAGUCAGCAGGUGGAGGUUGUGUCGGUUAGAUGUCUCUUCUGUCACUCUUUCCUUUCUUUCUGAUAAUGCUGAACCUCUAAAUCAUCUGAUCAAAAACAACAGUUUCUUCUCGGCAGGCUUUAUCUCAUUGAAAACUGUAAGACAAUGUACCCCGGUGGUUAUGCUGCUGAAGUUACAAGCUUAUCACCAAAAGCUACUGAGAAGGAUCUUCAGGACUUUUUUGCUUACUGUGGUGCAAUUGAGCAUGUUAAAAUUAUCAGAUGUGGGGAAUAUGCAUGUACAGCUUAUGUGACAUUUAAAGAUGCUUAUUCGCUGGAAACUGCCGUCUUACUCAGUGGAGCUACAAUUGUUGAUCAGUCUGUCUGCAUAUCAAGGUGGGGUUCAUAUGUAGAUGAUGCAUAUCCUUGGGAUGGUUGUUCCUGGAAGACUCAAGAGGAUACUAGCUCAACGGUUACUCAUAUGGACCAAUUUGUUUCUACUCCUGGAGAAGCCGUGACUGUUGUCAAAACAAUGCUUGCCAAGGGAUAUGUUUUGGGCAAAGAUGCCCUUGUCAAGGCCAAAGAACUUGACGAGUCCUAUCAGGUCUCAGCUACGGCAGCAGCCAGGGUAGCGGAGCUUAGCAAUAGAAUUGGCCUAACUGAUAAGAUCAACACUAGCAUGGAAACCGUAAAAUCAGUGGAUGAGAAGUAUCAUGUUUCAGACAUCACCAAAUCUGUUGCAUCAGCUACCGGGACUGCAGCUGUAACAGCAGCAACUUUUACGGGGAGAACUGCAGUAGCAGCUGCCAAUGCUGUAGUCAACAGCAGCUACUUUGCCAAGGGAGCACUUUGGGUUUCUGGCAUGUUGAGCCGUGCAGCUGAAGCUGCAGCUGAUCUGGGUAGCCAUGGAAAUAAACAAACAGAAACUUAAGUUGCACAUGACACCCUUUUUAGUAGUAUUUUCCCAUCCUUUGUAUUUGCAUAAAAAUAAAGUUCUGCCCUGAUUUCGGCAGGUUAGAUGGGUGUAAAUGUAGGAUUUAUAUGUGACGUUUCUGAGUGUUUGUUCAUUUAAUUUGAUGUAGAACUUCAUGCUUUCACUCUAACAUGUCUGAAGAGGAAAUGAAAUAUCACAUGUCCACUUGUCUGGAAUCUGGAUUCCUAUGUUUGAGUUUGAAGAUGACCUCAUCUUGCAACGUGGGGAAUGGAUCUGAUGUUGGAGUCUUCAGUUUGCUGAUGAAAUUGACUCAUGUCGAUCUUCAUCUUAUUCUGCUCCGCUGAAUGCGUGAUUCUGAUCCCAUAUCACACCAUCACCAAACCGUCAUGUUCCAGAAAUUGUGAUUUCAUCUUUGGUCACUGUCCCAUCUUAAUUUAUGCUGCUGUGUGAAUACAAUUCAUAGUCUGUUCUAUUAGGAACGUGAUGCCGAAGGGCUCAUUUAAUCUGAUCCAGCAACAAUUUGUGAAUUCAUUUAGCAAUGGACUGGUCCUGAUAGGGCAAUUAUGCCAGCUAGAAAGCCAAGAUAGAUGGCUACCCCUGAGCAAAC